UAAAUACGACGGUGGGUGCUUACAUAAAAAAGUACGACCGGGUUGUGCUGGUGAACGGAAGCGGACAUCUUCGAACCAGGCACGACGUGAACCUUCCGGUUCUGACCUUGAACUCAACUCAUCCACCUGUGCGUGUGUGUGUGUUUGUCGGUAUCAUUUGGAUCGCGAGCGACAGAACGCACCUCACCCUCCCCGGAUAGCAAGGAUGGCCACGAUGGGACGCAAAUUGUUGAACAACCUGAAAAGCAAAGAGUUCCGGGAGUAUCUGAUGAGCACUCACUUCUGGGGCCCGGUCGCGAACUGGGGCAUCCCUAUUGCGGCGCUCGGUGAUCUGAAGAAAGAUCCUAAGAUUAUUUCCGGCACGAUGACGGGCGCUCUCUGUCUGUACUCGAUCGUUUUUAUGCGCUUCGCCUGGAAGGUGCAGCCGAGAAACUUGCUGCUAUUUGCGUGUCACAUUACUAACACUACCGCGCAAGCUUUGCAGGGCGCUCGGUUCAUCGAGUACCACCAUAUGGGUGGCAAGGAGCGGAUGCAGAAAGCGCAAGCUCAAGCUCUACCAGCAGCCUAAUGCGAACGCGUGCUCAAUGCAAACAUACUAACGAACAUCACAACCGAACGCCACUCGAAUUGGGAAGUGUGUGUGUGUGUGUGUGUUUGAUGGAAAGGAAGAGAGAGGCCGGGAGAGAGAAAGUGUGAUCGUGAAACGAAUCAAACCGAUAUUAGUCUUCUUGGGUGAAAGUGUGUAUGCAACAGUUAACAACAGCAAGUCCUUUACAGCAGCAAAACAAAAUGCACAAAAAAAAACAAAGAAUCUUUGAACAAACUGUUCAUCCUACGAUGCGAAACGCCAGCUAGUAGAGAUGGAAAGAUGCUACACUUAUGGUGCUAAAAUGGGGAGAACCAAUCUUACGGCACGAUCGGUAAGAUAGAAUAGAACAUUAUACGGGAACAAUGGUACCUGGCGGGAAUAUAUAUAUAAAUAACCAAACGACAUAGGAAAUACAGGUAGA